AUGGUGAAGAAGUACAAAGGAACGUAUCAUCUGCUGGUCGCUCAGAAUUAUCUCUCAUCGUUGAAAAGAACACCGCGAAUCGUUGAUGAAAAAGAGGCAUUCGAUGAGGAGGAUGACGUGAAGAAACAGAGCACGAGCACGGAGCCGUUAAUCGAUUUAGAGAAUCAAGUGGUGAAAGGGAAGAAAAGAGGACAAUAUGUUACAUCAAAACGAUCGAUUUUUGCACGAAUCUCGAGAAUUGUUUCUGCUGAUGAAAUGAUGCAAAGAGACGAGGAAAUCGAGAUGAGAAUGAGAGAAGAUGAGGAAAGACCUGGCAGUCCAGCUUCAACAAAAGAGGGUUUCACUUUCUUGAAACGAUUGAAACAUACGCUUGUGAGAGCUGAGAGUUGUGAACGAAUGCGACACGCAAGUGGACAAUUUGGAAACGAGUUACGGCCUUUUGACUUCAAGGAUGAUGAGCACGAGUUCAACUUUUCAAGCCUCAUCGGUGGCUUUCAACGCCAACGCACCCAAACAAUGGACGGAGUCGAGAAAUCGCCGAGAGUGCAAAGAAGGAGUUCGGCAAUUGGCUCACUUCUCGGCGUCGAUUCGAUCAAUCAUCCAUCUGGAGUGUCACGGGCGAGUAGCUGUGAGCCAGAAAUCGCAAAAAUUCGAGAAAUUUGUGAAAUGGAAGCUGAUGAGCACAUUGAGGAGAUUCCGUAUUCGGCGGAAAUCUUUGAAAAGUUUGAAUCUGGUCAACAAAUGCAUGGUGGAAGCGCUGGGUAUACGAGCUCGUUCUCCCAUUUUCGGGCUCAAGACGAGGCGAAACGCGAGCUAAACGAGCGAUUUCGACUCCAAUUCCCGCACAUUCACUUAACUUUCACGAAGUUCAAGAGUAUCAAACGCGAACUCGUUUCCCUUGCUUUCACUUGUGAGCUCGAUGCGUCAACCCUUGCCACAGCUCUUGUCUACUUUGAGAGGAUCGUUUUCAAGGGUCUAAUCUCGAAAUUCAAUCGAAAACUCGUUGCUGGCGCGUGUCUGAUUGUGGCGGUGAAAGUGACGGAUGUGGGGAGGAUGAAGAUUCGAGAUGUGGUCGGGGAAGUGGAGAAUCGUUUGCGGGAAUCUCGUCGCGAGCUUCUUUCCUAUGAAUUGCCGAUUUGUGUGUCACUCGAUUUCGAUCUUCUUCCAUCGGAAACAUUUCUUCGACCACACAUGGAUCGAAUCACAUUUCGAAUUGUU